AUCCCUCCACAUGGUGGAUCUUCUUCCAACGUGAAUGGUGUACCUGAAUCGCUUCAUUGCCAGAGUCCGGAAGGUGUGAAUGGAAACAAGUGCUCAGGGUCAUCUACCAUUCUCGAGAAGUAUAAAGUGGGGAAGGUGAUCGGCGACGGCAAUUUUGCUGUUGUAAAGGAGUGCAUAGAACGAUCCACCGGAAAGGAGUUUGCGCUGAAGAUCAUAGACAAGGCUAAAUGCUGCGGAAAGGAACACCUGAUUGAAAAUGAAGUGUCUAUUCUGCGUCAAGUGAAACAUCCGAAUAUCAUUAUGCUGAUAGAGGAGAUGGACACCCCGGCAGAACUCUAUCUGGUGAUGGAGCUGGUGAAGGGAGGAGAUCUAUUUGAUGCGAUCACUUCUUCUACAAAAUACACAGAGCGAGAUGGGAGCGCCAUGGUCUACAAUCUAGCCAGCGCACUCAAAUACCUUCAUGGUCUCAACAUCGUGCACAGAGACAUCAAGCCAGAAAAUCUCCUGGUAUGUGAAUAUCCCGAUGGAACCAAGUCUUUGAAGCUGGGAGACUUUGGGCUGGCGACUGUGGUUGAAGGACCUUUAUAUACUGUCUGUGGUACACCCACGUACGUGGCUCCAGAAAUCAUUGCAGAGACAGGGUAUGGCUUAAAGGUGGAUAUUUGGGCUGCAGGUGUGAUCACAUACAUACUGCUGUGUGGAUUUCCACCUUUUCGCAGUGAAAACAACCUUCAGGAAGACCUCUUUGAUCAGAUACUUGUUGGGAAGCUGGAAUUUCCUUCUCCCUAUUGGGAUAACAUCACUGAUUCAGCAAAGGAGUUAAUUAGCCUGAUGUUACACGUGAAUGCCGAAGCCCGAUACACAGCAGCACAGAUUCUAAGCCAUCCCUGGGUGUCAGAUGAUGCUUCCCAGGAGAAUAAUAUGCAAGCUGAAGUAACAGGUAAACUGAAGCAGCACUUUAAUAACACCCUACCCAAGCAAAAUAACACAUCUGCUGGGGUUUCCGUCAUCAUGAAGACAGCUCUAGAUAAAGAGAGUCAGAUUUUCUGCAGCAAGCACAGUCAGGACUCUGGUAGAGCUGGAAUGGAGAACACUUCUGCAAUUACUCCUGCAGCUGACGAUCCUCGUGUGGCUGGGUCCGAGACCUUCUUCCCUGCCGCUUCGGAGCCGCUCCGAUCCCCCACGCUCCCUGCCUCAGCACCUUCCGAGUUUGCUGGGGAUCGGCCCGGUGCGUAGGACUGCUGAAACCAAAUCCAGCUGGAGCUCCCUGCGCUCUUGCCGCAAUUUCUCUUCAUUUCACACGGAUGGUUUGUUUUCAGUUUGUGUGCCCCCUCUCGUGGCAAGCCC